AUGCUUGCCUCAAGGUCCUCUCCUGAUGCCGAUGACCUUGAGGCUCGCUUGACGGAGCUCGACCUGGCGCCACCACCGCUCUGCCACCAGAGGUCACAGGAAUGGGCAGAGCCGGUCUACCGCUCCGCCUCGAUCGAUCCCUCCCGGCUCUCUCUGGAGCGGGGGUCGACCUCCUUUGAGGAGUAUGAGGAGGAGCCGGUCUACCGCUCCGCCUUCAGCGGCCUGCAUCUCGACGCGUCUGCCAUUUCGGACGACGAUCCUUACUACACCGACGAGCGCUUUCACGCAGACGGGGGAUUUGUGCGCGUGGACGACCCGCCCCACAGAAAAAUGGGAUGUUUUUUUCCGACGCAGGGGCUUUCCGCCGGGGGGUGCCAAGCCAGGACGCCGGACGCGGCAUUGGUUUUUGCCCUGCCGGGGGAGAUUUUUGACCAGCGAGCCAGCCUGAUAAAAAGAGAAAAAUAUGUCGGCCCGCCGUUUUUGGUGAAAAGCAGCUCGCCUUCAGUUGUCCGGACCGGCCUCUCACUGCCGGACGACGCCGCCGUGCGUCCGCCGUGGGUCCAGAGCAGUGGGCGAUCGUACCUGCGCCAGCUCCACCUUCGACCCAUGCGCAGCCUCUCGCCGCUCGUAGUCCUCAUCGCGCUCCUCGCACGCGCAACAGCACAGACCUGCGGCAACAUCGAGGCGACCACGCAGCACAAUUUUACCACACCAGACGGUCGGGGUCGCUCCUACGUCAAGUACAAGCCAUUGGGCAUUGCGACCGCCUCCAAUUAUCCGCUCGUCGUUGAGCUGCACGGCCUGGGCGCAUGCGCCAGCGACCUGUACAGCUAUAGCGGGUGGACACUCGUGGCCGAGCAGAACAACUUCAUCCUCGUGACUCCGCAGGGAGUAGAGAAGAGCUGGAACGCUGGUCGCUGCUGCGGCCAAGCGCGAGCGGCAAAGCUCAAUGUCGACGACGUCUCCUUUCUUCGUAUGGUCGCUGCAGACGUCCUCGCUGCUGAACCCGGCGUCGACCCGACGCGUGUCUACUUUGCCGGCCAUUCGACCGGAUGCAUGAUGGCGCAGCGGAUGGCGCUCGAAGCGUCGGACCUUGUGGCGGCCGUUGGGUGCCACGCCGGCAUGCUGAUGGUGCCUCCCUCGUCUCCGGCGGUCGAGUCCAUCACAACGCCGUCAGGCUACAAGCCGGUUCCAGUGAUGGAGAUCCAAGGGCAGCAGGACAGCGUAGUCUCCUACGACUAUGCCACCGUCCUCCGCAUCCCGUAUUGGCCAGGAGCGCUGCGCAACCUUGGUUGGUGGCGCCAGCUCAACGGUUGCCCCACAGCCUCGCCCACCAUCAUCUCGUAUGGCAGCUACAGCAUCCACUUGCACACGGGGUGCGCAGACGGCUCGCAGGCGGCCCUCGUCGACAUCCCGACGGCCGGCCACUAUUGCUUUGCCUCAUUCCCACCCCACGUCAAUACAACCCAGCUUGCAUGGGAUUUCGUCCAGCAGUUCAACCUGCCCCUGCCAAAUAGCCCGUCGCCCCUAUGGCCC